AAGAACAGUGCGGUUCAACUUGAUAAAGAGACGCAGCAAGAAAUUGGUGAGGACACAGUCAUCGAGCCAACGCACCUAUUGCCCACCUCCAUACUCCUCCUUCUUCUUCAUUUCUUGCCUCAAAUACCGCGACAGGCUCAUUCCUCGUCAGUAUCGCCACUAUGGGCUACUCGGAGAGUCGCUCGGAGAGCGUUAGCUCGAAAGGCAAAACAUCAUACGGCCAUGAACUCGAAACAGUACCACUACCGGAAAAGAAAAUCUACACAACAUGGCCUGAUAUGAUCAGGCAUUGGCCUAAAACAACACUGUGCAUCGUGUCCAACGAAUUCUGCGAACGAUUCUCAUACUAUGGAAUGAGAACGGUCUUGACAUUCUACCUGCUUAACGUACUAAAGUUCACCGACUCACAAUCUACGAUCUUCUUCAAUGGAUUUACUGUGCUUUGCUAUACCACACCACUUCUCGGAUCAAUUGUUGCGGACGGAUACAUUGGAAAAUUCUGGACAAUCUUCUCUGUCUCAAUUCUAUACGCAAUCGGACAAGUCGUGCUCGCUCUCGCUUCUACUAAGAAUUUUCAAUCUUCAGUUCACCCAUGGAUGGAUCUGUCUGGAUUACUGAUCAUUGCGUUCGGUACCGGAGGAAUCAAGCCAUGUGUGUCUGCAUUCGGAGGAGAUCAAUUCGAGUUAGGACAAGAAAGAAUGCUCUCACUCUUCUUUUCCAUGUUCUACUUUUCCAUCAACGCAGGAUCUAUGAUCUCUACUUUCAUCUCUCCCAUCUUCAGAUCUCAACCAUGCCUUGGACAAGAUUCCUGCUACCCAAUGGCUUUUGGUAUUCCGGCUAUUCUUAUGAUUGUUGCAACACUGGUAUUUAUGGGAGGUUCAUUUUGGUACAAGAAGAACCCACCAAAGGACAACGUGUUCGGAGAAGUAUCUCGUCUUAUGUUUAGAGCUGUUGGAAACAAAAUGAAGUCAGGAUCCACACCAAAGGAACACUGGCUCCUUCACUACCUUACUACUCACGACUGUGCUCUUGAUGCAAAAUGCCUCGAACUCCAAGCUGAGAAAAGAAACAAGAAUCUGUGCCAAAAGAAAAAAUUCAUCGAUGAUGUCCGUUCCCUACUCCGUGUUCUUGUCAUGUUCUUGCCAGUACCAAUGUUCUGGGCACUUUACGAUCAGCAAGGAUCUGUCUGGCUCAUUCAAGCUAUUCAAAUGGAUUGUCGUCUUUCUGACACCCUUCUCCUUCUUCCGGAUCAAAUGCAGACAUUGAACGCCGUGCUUAUUCUUCUCUUUAUCCCACUCUUUCAGGUCAUCAUCUACCCAGUCGCUGCCAAGUGUGUCCGACUUACACCUUUGAGAAAAAUGGUCACUGGAGGGCUUCUCGCGUCACUUGCCUUUUUGAUCACUGGAUUUGUUCAACUUCAAGUCAAUACUACUCUUCCAACUCUCCCGGAAGAAGGAGAAGCAUCAAUUAGUUUCUGGAACCAGUUUGAAACUGAUUGCACCAUUACCGUUAUGUCUGGAAUUCACAAGAGAGUUCUUCCCCAUGACAAGUAUCUUCACGAAGAUAAAAAGAACAAGUCUGGAAUUUAUAAUCUUUUUACAACAAAAUCCCCCGCAAAAGGUAAUGGCGAUUGGACUCUCACAUAUGACCUCAGCUAUGACGGCGCUUGCGGAGAUACAUCAAAAUUGGAGAAAACUGUUAAAGUGACUGCCAAGAGCAAGAAGAUCAUCUACGUUGGAGUCGGAUCAUUUGGAUAUUACCAAAACACAGCUAACACUGAUAAGCCAACUGAUGGAACUGGAGAAUUCUCUAUGGGAAUUGUCACUGUAUUCAAUUCUUCAUACGGAGGAAACUUUGCCAUGUGCCGUCAAAAUACAAGCGACUUUGAUGUUAACCAUCCAUGUAAUCCAAGACAUCCUGCUGACUUUUACUUCUGGGAAACCGAUUAUAAUAGUCAUACCGAUGACAGAGAUCAAAACGCUACAAUUACUGGAUCUCUUAGUUCCCAACCGGCUGUAACUUACAAGCAGAAAUCUGUAAAGCCAGGAUAUUGGCAGUUGUACUACCUUUUGAAUACACCAAAAGAUGUAGACCGGCAGACUUACAACAAAACAGCAACACUCGUUGCUCCAACAAAUUACGGUUUUCACAGAGUUAAGCAGGGAGGUGUGUUCAUCUAUGCAUUGACCGGAACAUACGAAAAUCCAAAGAUCCACGAGCUUCAAAUUGUACAGUCCAAUAGUGUGUCGAUUCUUUGGCAGAUUCCACAAAUCGUUGUCAUCACGGCAGCAGAAAUUUUGUUCUCAAUUACCGGAUACGAAUUUGCAUAUUCUCAGUCUGCCCCAUCAAUGAAAGCUCUGGUACAAGCCCUCUGGCUCUUGACCACUGCUGCUGGAGAUUCCAUCAUUGUAGUCAUCACAAUCCUUAACUUAUUUGAAAAUAUGGCCGUCGAAUUCUUUGUCUAUGCUGCUGCGAUGUUUGUAGUUAUUGCCAUCUUUGCUCUUCUCUCCAUUUUCUAUUAUACUUACAAUUAUUAUACAACUGAUGAAGAGGACGGUGAAAUUGGAGUUGAUGAUGAGGAAGAAAUUGAGGAUCACAAUCCACGAUAUUCAAUUGAUAACAAAGGUUUCCAUCCGGACGAAAAAGAUACUUUCGAUAUGCAUUUUUAAUUAAAUCCUAAUAUGUAUAAAUUUUCAAUUUUGUUUUCCUAAACCUACUACUGUUGCUUUCCCUUAUUGUGACAUCGUGAUAAAAUUCGUUUUCACUUGAAAAAAUAAAUAUUUCUAAAAACUUUG